AGCUUCGCGCGCGCAUGCGUCUUAGGGGCAAGUGAAGCGCUGCUUGCCAGCGAGGAGUCAGGAGGGGCCUGUGACGAAGUGCGGCGGCUGCAUCGGGAGGGUUUGCCCUUGACUACCACAGCCAUGUUCGCUGCGCGGCUGGUGUGCCUUCGGGCACUUCCAUCCCAAAGUCUUCGCCCGGUACUUACUCAGUUUUCACCAGCUUUGAGAAGUUCCACUCUGAAGGCAAAGUGUGUCUUGCAGCCUUAUCAGGGAUAUGCCACCAAAGCCAGAAUGGGUUUACGCCGGGGGAAAAGUGGUCAAGAAAUUAAGGAAGCCGCUUUUGAACCUGCAGCGGAAAGGGCCUUCAAAGUUGAUCAGAUGGGAAGAUGGAUUGUUGCUGGAGGCGCUGCUGUCGGUCUUGGAGCUCUCUGUUACUAUGGUUUGGGACUGUCGAACGAGAUUGGAGCCAUUGACAAAGCGGUCAUUUGGCCACAGUAUGUGAAAGACAGAAUCCAUUCCACCUACAUGUAUUUUGCAGGAAGCGUUGGCUUGACUGCAUUGUCUGCAGUAGCAGUCAGUAGGACGCCUGCCCUCAUGAGUCUAAUGAUGAGGGGCUCUUGGCUGGCAAUUGGUGCCACCUUUGCAGCGAUGAUUGGGGCUGGGAUGUUGGUUAGAUCGAUCGAUUAUGAACACAGCCCUGGCUCAAAACAUCUGGCUUGGAUGCUGCAUGCAGGCGUUAUGGGUGCGGUGGUGGCUCCCCUGACUCUCUUGGGCGGCCCCCUGCUCAUCCGAGCGGCUUGGUACACAGCAGGAAUCGUAGGUGGUCUCUCAACCGUCGCCAUGUGCGCGCCGAGCGAGAAGUUUCUGAACAUGGGCGCACCCUUGGGAGUCGGCUUCGGUCUUGUGCUCGCCUCUUCUGUGGGAUCAAUGUUCUUUCCUCCAACGUCUGCCUUUGGGGCUGGCCUGUAUUCUGUCGCUGUUUAUGGUGGAUUGGUACUGUUUAGCCUGUUCCUGCUCUAUGAUACCCAGAAGGUUAUAAAGCGUGCAGAAACUCAACCAUUGUACGGCAUAGGUGUAAGGAAGUAUGAUCCUAUAAACUCGUGCAUGGGUAUUUACAUGGACACCCUCAACAUCUUUAUCAGAGUGGCCACCAUGCUUGCCACUGGCGGCAGCGGCCGGAGGAAGUAACUGGUGACUUGGCAGAUCAUUCGAUGCUUUGGUUUAUCUGCUUAGAGCAUAAUAUCGAAUAAAAAUAUUGCAGCAGCCAUCGUGGAGAAGUCGGAUCUUCCAAACACUUCAACAUGAUCAUCAAGACAGCUUCAGUGUAAUGUGAUUGGAAUCGUAGUUUCCAGUUAACUUAAAAUAAAUAAAUGGAAACUGAAUGGUUGUGUUACCAUACAACUGCUUCUCCCCAGUCUGGGAUUUUUGAUAUGGGGAAGAAGCUCAUUUCAGUAUGUGUAUAGCUGUACCCUUUUUUUUUUCCAAAAAAGGAAGCUUGAGAGUGUACUAUAAUCUUUUUAACAGCAGCCACAGAGGGAGGCCUGCUGUGUUUAAGACAGCCUGAGUUCCAGCAGCAAGGAUUGUGAGUUCAGGAGCUUGUUAUACAGAGCAGGCAACUGAUUUGUGCUGAAAUGUGUAAGUAGCAACAAAGCUACUCGUACGACUUGAGACAAAAUAAAUUGGUCUUAAAAAUUAGGACUAAAAAUGGAUAAUUGAUAGAAUCCUCUGUGCUGUAGCAAAAAGUAUGGGGGUUAGCAAGCAAGGCAGUUUUUUAGUUGGUGUUACACCAUCAGCUUUAAUAAGAGCAGCUAGCUCCUAACAUUCCAGAAACAAUGCCAAAAUCUCACUAAAUGAGAAGUGGUGGGGACAAGCUGCUAACAGUGUUUUUGUCCUGAAAUUAACAACACAAAGGGGAAAUAGACUUACUUGGGAAUUCCAAACCUUUUCCCCCCUCAAAGGUCAAGUAUGACGGAAUCUUGAUUUGGCUUUCCUUACCUGAACAUCUGCUUUUUAAAACUGGAGUUUAAGCAUAAUCGCCUUUAUUUUUGAGAACAUAUUGAGGGAUUUGCAGUAUCUUAUAGGCUAAGGAAAUAGAGGGUUGUGAAUUUAUCAGAUACACAAUGAAAGUGAUUUGGGAACUUACUGAGGCAGUGUAGUACUGACCUGUUGGGAUGAAGCUGUUCAGCUCCUUCAUUUUUCCUUUAACUUGGCUAAUUUUUACUAUGUUUGUAUCAGUUCUAAAACAAUAAAGUCCUAGCCCAGCA